AUGGCCGUUCAGGAGCGACAAGGCGUAGUUUCGCCCAACGAACAGCUCAAAAGUUCUUCAUCCAUGUUUUUACGUUCCCGAUCCACGACACGCUUCUUACCGGUUACAUUUGAAAAUGAUGAGCCUAGAUACGGUAGCUCCAGCAUGCAUCAAAGUUUCUACGCGCUGCAACAGAAGUGUCUCGACCAACGGCAACUCUUCGAAGAUCCAGAGUUCCCCGCAACGGACGCCUCCAUUGGGAUGCCCCGAAUCACGGCCGUGCGGUGGAAACGACCGAAGGAAAUCUCACCCACUGCACGGUUCUUCGUCGACGGAGCGUCCCGGUUGGACAUCUGUCAGGGUGCGCUGAACGAUUGCUGGUUGCUAACCGCCACUACCAACCUGACCGCCCACCCGUGGCUGUUCAAGCGAGUGUUGCCGGAGGACAAUAGCUUUGCAGCAGAGCAGUACGCUGGCAUCUUUCAUUUUCGUUUCUGGGAGUUUGGCCAGUGGGUGGAGGUCGUGAUCGACGAUCGACUGCCAACGGAUCCCACCGGAAAGCUGCUGUUUGGUAGGUCCGCCAAUGGGGACGAGUUCUGGAGCGCCUUGCUGGAGAAGGCGUACGCAAAAUUCUACGGUUCCUACGGAGCGCUUGAUGGCGGUACGGCACGGGAAGCUAUGCAGGAUCUUACCGGAGGGCUGACCGAGUUUUACCAGCCCAAGAAGAUGGUCGGCAGGGAGGAACAGCUGUGGGACAUUCUGAGGAGUGGAUCCGAGAUGGGAUCGCUGUUUGCUUGCAACUUGAAGAGUGACCCAUCGGGACAAAACGUUGCUACCAAGGAGGGUCUUCUCCGUGGACAUUCGUACUCCAUCACAAAGGUGCACACGAUCGUGGGUUUGGUGAGUGAUGCCGAUCACAUCCGUUUGCUGCGCGUACGCAACCCCUGGGGCACUGGUGUGGAAUGGAACGGAAGGUGGAGUGAUAAGUCACGCGAAUGGAAAUCCCUCAAAUCCGCCGAAAGGAAGCAGAUCGGACUAACGCUGGAAAAUGAUGGCGAGUUCUGGAUCGAGCUGAACGACUUUAUGAAACAUUUCGACCGGCUGGAGGUUUGUCAUCUUUCGCCGGAGCUGCACAGCGCUCAGGAUGAUGCGGUGGAACGGACCGGCAAGCGAUACCGCUGGGAGCUGAGCGCACUGGACGGCCAAUGGAUACGGGACACAACUGCCGGUGGCAACGUGUCCUUCCUCGAGACGUUUGCACUAAACCCGCAAUACACCGUGCACGUGCAGGACGGCACAACCGGAUCGGGCAUCGUUAUAGCGCUCAUGCAAAAGUAUCGCCGAGCGGACGCACUGCCGAGCCUUACGAUCGGCUUCAUCGUGUACCGGGUGACGGGUGAAGAUUUGCGCCAGAAACCAGUCCCGAAAGCGUUUUUCCAGCACCACGAUCACGCUAUCGUCGGUGGUUCGAUCUUUAUCAAUGCGCGUGAGGUUAGCUGCCGAUUAACGCUCGACGCUGGCCUGUAUCUGAUCAUCCCGUCGACGUUCGAACCGGGCGAGGAAGGUGACUACCUGCUGCGCAUCUUCACCGCACGCGGAAACACACUGUGCGAGAACGAUGCCAUCCUGUGCUUCGGUACGCUGGACGAUCGCGUCACCGAGCAGGGGAAAUUUUUCGACACACCGCGCUGGGCCCUGCUGGCCAAUGCGUUCUACAAUCGUGCCAACGCUUAUCAACGGCUGGAAACGAACUAUUUGGAGGAAAUUCUGUGGGAACAGUUUUUCCGCCGGCCUGUAUCAUCGAACGAUUUACCAGUGGUGCCAGUCAAACGGCCCGGUACUUCACCAUUGCGCAAAUUCUGCACCCGUGUGAUGCAGCUCUGCGCUUGCUUCUGGUUGCAGUCGCACGCACGUAAGAAUCUUGGUGAAAACGACCGCACCGAGCAAAAGCAAGCACACCGCCAAGGGUUGGAACGGAUAGUGAGGCUUCUGUUAGGCCGCAUUGCGGACGGGCAGGACACGAUCGGGUACGAACAGUUUCGUACGAUUGUGCGUGACGUUUAUCAGUGGGAAACGGUGUACCGGUUGUACGACACGGACGGUAGCGGUACGCUCGAUCGCCGGGAGCUACGGCAAGCGCUGCGAUCGUCGGGUUUCAACAUAAACAAUCGCAUCCUGUGCAAGCUGUUGCGGAUGGUCGUGGACCAAAACCGGCCACAGAUAGAGCUGAUCGAUUACGUGCUGUGUGCGGCCGAGUGUCGGCACGCGAUCGAUGUCUUACAUCAGGAUACAGCAGCCUAA